UUUUCAAGUGUCGCCGUCCACCCAGGCGCUUUUGCGUUUCGGAGCGGAUUUUGAAAUAUAAUAAAAUAUAUAUAAUAUAAAAAAAACAAGUGCACUUACUGGAAGCUGAAACACGGUCGUGAAAUACAGUGAUCACUGAACUUAGGAGUGCAGUGAAUAAAAGUGCAGUGAUGAGGCCUCCCACGGAAUAUGAUAACUCGAGGUUGCCAGCUGAAGCUGAGGAAGGAGAUCCUAGAGCACCAGCGAUGAUGAUUUGUGCUAGAUUAGCUGGAAGAGCCAUUAUCAGGGUUGUCGGAAGAUGUGAAGACGCACAAGAGAAUAGAGAAUUAGAUUUAUCAGAGUGCCAGCUAAUGCAGGUUCCAGACGCGGUAUAUCACCUGAUGCGACACACAGAACUCAAAAGCUGUGAUCUCAGUGGCAAUGUCAUUACAAAAAUUCCACCUAAAUUUACAGUUAAAUUUAGUUUAAUUACAGAUCUAAACUUAUCUAACAACCAAAUGGGAAGGUUACCAGAUGAAAUGUGUACACUGGCCUGCCUGCAGCGGCUCGACAUUUCACACAACACAUUUGUGGCUCUCCCACCUAUUGCCUUUCAAUGCCCCAGUCUGCACACCUUAUUAGCACACCACAAUCAAAUUAUUGAAGUGGAUGUCGACAGAUUAGCCAGAUCUCGUGCUUUGGAGUAUGUUGACCUCAGUGAAAAUCCCAUACCUCCUAGAACCUAUGAAGAAUUGAAGCAGCUUACAAGACCAACAAUAUCCAUUUCUGAAAGGGGAAAGGAAGAUUGGGAGGAAGAUCUUAUACUAUAAGCAAUUGUACAAGACUAAGUAUAAUAGGUUACCAUAAGUAUUAAGACUGUUGCUGCACCUAUAUUGGGGGUAAAUAUUAAUGGUCCUAACUUAACUGUGAUGAAGCCUUGUACAGGUCAUUAUUUACCUACAUUAAAAAUGGAUGAGAUCUUAGAGAUUAUAUGAUUUAUAUAUAGCCUCAUCAAGAAUAAAUAAUUAAUGCUCAAGAAUUUUUAUAUACAUAAAUAAUUUUGAACGAUUAAUUGGAAAUGGUUUUUUUAUUACUUUUAUACAUAACUGUGAAUGUUACAGGACAUUAAUCAAUAUUAAUAAUUUUGAUUGAUAUACAAGUAAAGAAUAGAAUAAUAUUAACGUAAAUAUUUUUUAAUACUAGUCCAUUACUAUAAUUAGUCUAAUGUGUUUGCCACAACCUAACAUUCUAACGUUGACAUAGGAAUUAUUGUAUCUUUAAAAAUAUAGAUAUGUGUAUACUUUUUGUACUUUUAUUAUAUUUUUUAUUUAAAUAGUUAAGUUAUAGUUUUCUAUUGUAGUGCUUUAGUUUUUUUUUUUUCAAGAUUAUUUGCAAAUAAUUAUUUUCUUAUUUUGUAUAUUUUGAACUCUGAAUUUGUCUAUGAAAUAUAAAAGAUGAUUUUUUGUAACAUAUCUUGAGUUCAACUACUUAAUUCGAUUUCGGAGAGCUUUAGUAAAGCAAAUUAUCAAAAUAAAAUUUAUGUUACGAUAAAAAACAGCAAAAUAUAAUAAAUAUAUUUAAAAUUUUUCUUUUAAUUUAAAUUCCUUUAAGUUUUUUUUAAGUAAGAGCAAUAAUGGAGCACAUUGAUACUAUCAACCUUUUUAAAUGUCAAAUUAAAAAAAAUAUUGUUAUUUAUUAGAAUGUCGAACUAUUUAAAAUAUACCAACUUAAAAAGAAGGAUUACAUUUUUAUUCUGUGUGUGUAUUCACAAUAUGGGUAUUUUGAAGUUUUCGUUCUGUUCUGGAGUUAAUCAUAACUUGAUAAAUUCUCUAGAAUGAAAUGAAAUGUAAUGUCUAAGCGUUUUCUAAAAUGUAUGAUUGCUGUGUCUAAAGGAGGAGCAUAAAAAAGUUUUUUUUUGCUUCAAAACUAAAAAUUUGUAUGAAAAAUUAAUAUCAAUUACAUAUUUUACACUAUU